AUGAUUGCUGUCCAAAGUCAGGCCUCCGUGUCGCCUCGAUCAACCGCCAUCUUUUCGUCCGAUGCCUCUGUUCCACUGAGAUCAAACCAGAGAUCUCCCCUCAUGCCUGUCUCCAAUUCCCCCUCACACGACCCGUCUCAGACGGAAGACCACGAAGAGCAGGGCAAACCCAAGCCCAAGUCACGGUCAAACACACCCAGCAGCCUCAAUCUCACCAAUGGGAACGGCAGACGGAGUCUCAGUGGCAGUCCUGCCAGCUUGAGGAAGGCCUCCCCUCGUGCGGAAGAGACCAGAGACCUGAGUCUCCAGACAAGAGAGGAAGACCUGCGGAGGGAUGACUUGGAAGACGAUGAGCCCGAGCCUCAAUCAGUCAUCCACGCUCCAGCCGGCUUUGAUGGAUUCACUGUGGAGUCGCCCGCGCCGUCGACAACAUCGUCAACCCAGAGAUCGGACGUGACCAUCACCGUCCCUCGAGCUGAAUCAAGGAAAUCUGGAGCAAGCCCCAUCUCGCCUCCUCCGAUAACCACCUCCGUUGCUCCAUCCGGACACUACGAGCUAAACACUCCCAGAGCACAAACACUGCAGGAGAUAGAGAACUUCAAAAGAACACCCCAUCAAGCAAACCUAGAUGACAUACCAGAAAGUUCAGACACAGAACAUAGCCAGGAUGGUCACUAUGACGACGGUGAGCAGUCAAGAGAUGCCUGGUCCAAGACCAGGUCGGCUCUGCCUGACAACGACGGGGAAAUCAGUGCACUCCGGACCGCCUUGUCGGAGUGCUGGACGCUCUGCAACACCCUCGCCAGCCUAAGCUACAACCACCGAGAACGCCUGUUCAGCUUUGGCGGAAAAGACGACAUGCAGGAACAGGCCUGGAAGACGUGCUGGAAGCUAUGCCAGAACCUGUACGAGACCCGUGAUGACGACCACUCAACCCAGGUCCGGCCCACGCUCGACAUGUGUCGGGACUUCUGCCAGGCGCUGUUCGAGGUACGGCUGAAGGAGAACGAGGUCGCCGACUCUGUCCUCAGGGUGAGCUUCGAGCUGAACAACCACCUGUACAACACCCACGACCGGAAUCUUCCCGAAGCCUUUCGAGAACGCACCCUGGACUUCUACAUCACCCUCUGCCACCGAUUGAUGAAGCAGCGGACCCGGCUGACGGAGGAAACCGACUCCCUGCUGCGGGCAUGCUGGUCUCUGGCGGAGAUGCUCUUCAGUCUACGGCAGGGGAAACGCGAGGGCAAGGCUCCUGACGAGGAGCUGCUCGGGUCUGCCGUCCAGGCCUGCUGGGAGCUAUGCGACCUCUUCCGCGAGGGAUGGACACAGGUCCGUCCUGACCGCGGCACCCCCCGUCCCAGCCAGACCACCUUCACCCAGGCCUUCUACCAGGCCAAACGCGCAGAGUAUCCCGUCGAAGACACCGACACCGACACCGACAGUCUCCUUGGCCUGCAGAACCCAGAGACUCCCACCACCAUCUUUGACGACAGCGCCACCACCGUAUCGCCAGACCAAGCUCCCAUACCAAACAUCAUGGUCCUGGGCUUCGAUAACCCGCCGCACCACCCUCGCUGGUCCAGCAACUCCUCUACCCUGUCCGGCUACUCGCGCACAUCCAGCCAGACGGCCUCGUCCACGCACACGGUCAAGUCACCGGGCGAGGACCAGAACCUGACCGCUCUGAAACUUCUUCUUGUCCGUGCAGCGAUGAACAGCGGCUUCCAGCGCGGUGGCUCUGAGAGCCUGCCCACCUUCGUCAAGACCCUUUCGUCGGACUCCUUUGGCUCCUUGCCUUGGCAGAUGUCGUUGCUGGUCAACUAUAAGAAGCUGAUCACCAGCGACCCGGCCUUCAGGUCCGUCCCUCCGCCAACCAGGGCAAGCGCCAUAGACGUUGCUAGCGCCGUGCAGGCCAUGGUCCAGUAUAACAGCCAGUACGAGUGGCUGUUGGACCUGUACCGUCUUGUCUUUGGCUUUUAUACUGACGAUGCCGUCAACGCGACCGGCAUGAUCAUUCAGUCGUGA